UGAAUGUUGCCGUUCCCUCCUAAAUUCCCCUGCAAAUAUCAUGACUUCAAUUAACAGAUUCUUGUUUCCUCCAAACUGCUUGGACUGCACUCUUAAAAAUUGCCUCUCCUAGUUAGAGCUUGUAAGUACAAGUUUUUGAGGGAACAAAAAACAAAGAUAAAGUGACUGUUUGAGAAGCUAGAGAAUCUACAAUGGAUUUCAGUGGCCGCUAUGAACUUCAGAGCCAGGAAAACAUGGAGCCAUUCAUGAGUGCUCUGGGAGUCCCAGAUGAUGUGAUUGAGAAGAUCAAAGACCUGAAGAGUGUUACUAAAAUUGUUCAAAAUGGAGAAGACUUUAUAGUGGCUAUAGAAACUGGCAAUCAGGUGCUUGUUAAUAACUUCACCCUUGGACAGGAGACCCAAGUGGAAACCCCCACAGGCGAAAGAGUCAAGGCCAUAAUGAACCUGGCAGGGGAAAAUAAGCUGGUUGUUAACACAGAAGAUGUCACUUCUGUUGCAGAGUUCAAUGGGGAUCUACUGACUAAUACAAUAACUCUGGCUGGCAUUGUUUACAAGCGGAUAAGCAAAAAAGUGGAAAAUCCUAAUGAAGGUCAAUGUAGUUCAUUAUAAUUGUUCCUGCAAUAAAAUAGUUUUGCCAUGG